AAAGAAGCAGGCAGAUGAAGACCGAUAAAAAUACUCAACUUUCUGGCGAUGAGAAUUUUGAUUAUGAGUUCAACUCGGUAAUUCAAGAAUUUGUAAGUGUCAAGAUUGAACCAGAAGAAUUCAACAUCACAAACUGUAAUUAUUGCCGAUGCUGUUUCAAAAUGAUGGAAAUAUUUGAAACUCAAAAUCCAACUGACUCUCAAUUGUUAAAUGCACUGAUGAAAGUCACUCAACUAAAUCUUCAACCAUCGUACCUUGCCUCGAGCUUCUGUGAAGAAUGUGUUAGAGAUAUUUCUAAUUUCAACAGUUUCCGGAUGUUGAUGAUCAUGAGACAAAAUAAGUUUUUAGCAAUAAUUGAAAAUGAAAACUUCGAAGGAUUGAAAGAACUUCAUAACUUAACUCUUUCUAACGCUGCCCAUAAUAACAUGCAACCAGUGGUGAAAUUGGAAAGAAUAAAUAUUCCACCUAUAAAAGAGGAAGAUUUGAAUGUUAAAGAUCCAGAAACAAGUAUCCCAAUACCUAUUAAAUCUAAAUCUAAGCGGAGGAAAAAAGCAUCAAAGAAUCAGGUUAAUAAGAAAAUAUGUCCGAUUUGUUCAGUAAAAGUAGUUAAGAUAGUAACACACAUACUCCUCCAUCAUCCAGUUUUUUGUGACUAUUGCGACUUUAAAGCAACUGAUCAGAGCAGAGUUGACAAACACAUGGAAGUCGUACAUAACAAAAGGUAUUUUUGCCAUAUUUGUGGUAAAUUUCUAAAAUUAAGAAUUGAAACUCACAUAGAUAUGGUUCACAAAAAAAUUAAGAAUUAUUUUUGCGAUCUUUGUGGGCAUGGGACUUUUCAAAAAAAUGAUAUUAUUUGUCAUAUGUGGUCAACACAUCUACCAAAGGAUCUCAAAUGCGACGAAUGCGAUUUUCUUACAGCAAGUGAUUUUUUUCUUAAAAGACACAGGCAAAGAGUUCACAAUCUGGGAAUAGAUUGUUCACUUUGUGGGAAAAAAUUUGGUCUCCAAAAAUAUCUGGAUAGACACAUUAAACGAGUUCACAAAAGGAUAAGAAAAUUUAAAUGUGAUAUUUGUUAUAAUAAAUUCUUCAAUAAUAAGUCUUUGGAAGGUCAUAAACUCAAUAGACACGGCUCACGAGAUCAUAUUUGCGAAAAAUGUGGAAAAGGUUUUGGGUCUAUUAAUAUGCUCAACUCCCAUAUGAAAAGCCACGGAGAAAAAUCACACAUUUGUGAUUUUUGUGGAAAAGGUUUCGUAGUAUCUGAAUCAAUGAGAAAACAUAUUGAUAUUGUUCAUUAUAAAAUCAAACGCUUUGCAUGUACGGUAUGCAAUAAACAAUUUUCAUCAAACAGUAAACUUGCUGAGCAUAAACUUGAACACGAAGGAAUUCGAUUUCCUUGUUUUGCUCCUGGAUGUGCUACUACUCAUACUCGAAAGGAUGCUUCUAUUUAUCACUUAAAAACAGUUCAUAAACUUUCUCAGGAAGUUUUUAAAGAUUGCAAAAAGAAGUUAGAUGAGUUUGCUGCAUCAUUGAAAGAUAUGAAAACAACAUAA